UUUGUGUUCUCAUGACAAAUUCACGUCUUCGACCGCAAUGAGUAUUCCCCUCUCCUUCACUACUGUUAACUCCACCAUCAUCAACCAUCGGCCCCUUCCUCCACUGGUGAGACCCUCUGCUCGAUUCCUCCCAAUGUCGUUGUUUGCGAAAUGCCAUCUGCUUCCGCUCUGUUCUGCUAAUUCCAGCCACACUGAUAGCCCAGAGUCGUCAGAUUUUGGCAGCAGUUAUGUGGAGAAGGAAGGUUCAAAUGGAAAGGAUGGAAAAUUUCGAGCAGUCUCAUCUAAUGAGAUAUUGACCAGAUUAAAGAGAUAUGGUAUUGCAGGAAUUUUGUCCUAUGGACUUCUAAAUACUGCUUACUAUCUUACUACUUUUCUUGUGGUCUGGUUCUAUGUCACUCCUGCACCUGGGAGGAUGGGAUAUUUGGCAGCUGUGGAAAGGUUUCUCAAAGUAAUGGCCAUGGUGUGGGCAGGGAGCCAAGUAACUAAACUUAUUCGAGCUGGAGGGGCUCUGGCACUUGCACCGUUUGUAGAUAGAGGUCUAUCAUGGUUCACUGCCAAGUUUGGGUUCAAGUCUCAAGGGAAGGCUUUUAUGGCUAUUGCUGGGCUGUGUUUUGGAUUGGCAUUCUUGAUGUUUGUCAUAGUGACCUUACUUUCAGCAUAAAGCUUUUGCCGUCCCUCCGAUGGUUGGUUUGAUGCCACUCUGAAACGCUGAUUUGCACAGUAGCACCUCUCGACAUUCUGCUAAAUGGUGUUCAUCUUCAGACUGCUGCCUACAAUUUUCACUGUGGAGCGCAGCAAGAUGUCCAUGAGGAAUGACCAGCUGACAGCAUUAUUCAGCUCUACUUUUGGGGGUCACAAAUUGUAGCUGCAUUGCAGAUCCCAGGAUGCUCUCUUCGUUUCUGGAGGAGUAAAUGAUGGUUUUUCCCUUAACCCUUCAAAUUCUUGGUUGUAGGUUGAUGAAGUCCCAUUGUUAUGUAACAUAACAGAAGUACUGCUUUUCCUAAUCCAAUGCAUAUCUUCAAAGCGUUCUAACUCGAA